AUGAUGUCAACACAACAAGAGGAAGAGUUUUGCGCUUUUGAGAAUAAAGUGGACGAGGUGAUGAAGAUCCUCAAUUUGAUGUCAUCAGACAAUAAAGCACAAUCUGAAGUUGGUAUUGAGAAGGCAAAUCAAUUUCUUGGCGUCAAUGAAAAAGACUCGAGCAUUGAAGGUGUUGACAUUGACAAUUUUUUGGUAAAAACAAACUACGAUAAGACGAUAAUAAACAAAAAGGAAUCACCGCAGAUUGACCAAAAUACACAAGACGCUAAAAGCUUCAUGAUGGCUAUUGAGAAGGAUGCAAAUAAAAGAGCAGCAGAUAGAAAGCAGAGAGAAUCUGUGGCACAGGAAUUGAGAAAAAUGGGGAAUCAGGCAUUUCGAAAUGGAGAGUAUGAGAAGGCAGUGAGCAUGUAUACAAAAGCGCUAGAUCAAGUUCGUGAUAGUCCAAUUCUUUACAAUAAUCGAGCAUUGAGCUAUAUCCGAUUGUCUCUCUAUAAACGUGCAAUUAUCGAUUGUGAUUUUGUAAUCAAUAAGUUGGAUGAAAAGAAUUUAAGAGCAUGGCUUUAUCGCGCAAAGGCAUAUUUUCUUUUAAAUGAAAAGAGAUUGUAUGAAAAGAGCAUUCAGGAAGCUAAGAAACAUCAUCCAAAAGAAUUGAGUUAUAUUGACAAAAUUAUUGCAGAAAUUGAGCACAUUGGUGAAGGCGAUAAUGAAGUUUGCGUUAAUAUCGAUGACAUUAAUAAAUCGUAG